UAAUAGUAGCAGAAGGCUUUCAAUAUUGACGCACAUUGACGCUUAUUGAGAAUCUUGUAAUCGUCGAAGACUAACAAAAUUGUAUUGUCAAAUUCAAAGUGAUUUUCACGAGACAAAAUAUAUUAUUGCAUAUUCUAAAAAUGUCAGAGACGAUAAUAGACGAAAGAGUAACCGAUGAAAUUGAAGCUUUAAAAGCAAUUUUGCUUGAUGAUGAGUUAAAUAUAAAGGAAAAUGAUAGAGGUGAACCAGAAUAUAUUGAGACUGUAUUAUUUCCUUCAACUGGUGAAGAUUCACAGUCUCAAUAUGUUUGUGUAACUCUGAUUGUUCAGUUACCUGCAGGAUAUCCUGAUAUAUCACCUACUAUUAAUCUUAGAAAUCCAAGAGGUUUGGAUGAAAAUACUGUAAGACUUAUGCAAUCAGAUGCAGAAGCAAAAUGUAAGAAUUUUAUAGGUCAACCAGUUAUGUUUGAACUCAUUGAGUUAAUAAGAGAACAUCUUACAAGAAGUAAUCUUCCAACGGAUCAAUGUGCCAUAUGCUUGUAUGGUUUUCGGGAAGGAGAUGAAUUUACAAAAACUGAAUGCUAUCAUUAUUUUCACUCCCAUUGUUUAGCAGCACAUGUUGCUGCUGCAGAACGAUAUUAUAGAGAGGAGCAAGAAAAAUUGCCUCAAUGGCAACAAGAUACUACUAAUAAAUUUCAGGCUAUAUGUCCUGUAUGUCGAGAAUCCAUCAAUUGUGAUGUAGAAAGUUUAUGGUCUGCUCCACCUCCAAUUGAUGUUGAAGCUGCUAUCGAUUUUUCAGUAACUGCAGAAUUGAGAGAAUUACAAAAGCAGAUGGCAGCAUUAUUUUUAAGGCAACAAGAAAGGGGUGGUAUAAUUGAUUUAGAAGCUGAAGGUGUAAAGACAUUAGUUAGAACAGAAGAUGAAUCUGGUGCUACAACCGAAGGACCCAAUCCUCCAGGAACUAGUGUAAAUACCUAUUCAGUGCAACCUGUUAAUCAGAUGUCAAAACAAUCUUCACAUCAAACUCAAAAUGCUCACUAUCAAUCAAGACAAUUACAUCAUAAUUACCAUGGGCAUAAUAAUCAUGGACAUCGAAAUAGAGGUCGUGGACGAGCUCAUUAUCGUCGACAAUUUGACAGACUUAGACAAACGGAAUCUACUCCCAGAUGACAAUGGGUUCGAGAUAAAUUAUUUACUGUCUGGUCUCCUAUUUUGCUAAAUGUAUACAAUAAUAUGAAUAGCAUUAGUAGCAUAAUUAUGUAUGUAUUAUAUAACAAUUAUUUAAUUUUAAAUUACUUUUAUAUUAUGAUAUUAUAGGUUUUAUUGUUCAACAACAUUCCCGUUAUAACGUAAUGGUGUAUAAAAUGGGAUAUGUUAAAACUUCCAAGGACUGUCUGUGUAGACUGAAGCCAUGGUGCUCUUUUAAACGAUCUACAAUCGUACAAAGUUAGUUCUUUUUUUUAGUAUAAAUAUGUAUACAGAGCUGUAAGUACUGUAGCAUAUUACAAAUAAAUAAAAAAAAAAUAUAUACGCAAUCAAAAUAAUAUAUUAAAAAUAUUUUAUACUAGUAAUUUAAUGAUCUCAAAAUAUAAAAAUAAUAUGUAUUGCUUCCAAAUCAAUAAUUUUCAAAUAAAUUUAACAUAAUUUAUAAUACUCAUUUUCAUGUAAAAAUUUAUUAAUAAUAUAGAUCGUGCUAUAUAACAGAGCAAACAUGGAUCAGUAUUUAAACAGAUAUUUGUUUAUUCCUUUUAAAGGAAUCAAAAAUUUAAUUUUUGCUCUAUGCAUACAAAAGCAAUGUAAAUCCUUAGUAAAAAUAUGUAAUGCUAUUAUAUAUCAAAUUUAACAUAUGAAAUAUACCUUUCAAGAGUUGAGAAUUUUGAUUUAAUGCAUGAAUCAACCACUACUUCUGAAACUAUUCAAACAAUGCACAUUAGCAUAUUUUCAAUGCAGAAAAUUUUUUCCGUAAAUAUGUAAUAUUUAUAUUCAAACAAUGUAAGUUACUUUUGUAAUUUAUUUGUAUUUAAUUUUACUAUUACUUUAUUUUUAAAUAUCUUGAAGAGAUUUAUUGUAAAUAUUUCUUUAUUAUAUGCAAAAGAAGAUUUUAUUAAUAUGUAAAAAUCUUCUUUGUAAGUGUGAUAUUUAUAAACAGUAUAAAAUAAGAAAAAAUUAAAAAAAAAUAAUUAUAAUUUUAGAUCAUUCCAAUUCAAUUAAAUUAAGAUAUUAAUUUUGUUAUAAUUAUAUAAUUUUUUUUAGAAUAAUAAAUUUGAAUUAAAAUUAAUUAUACAUUAUUAAGACUAUUAUGAUGUCCAAGAAUGCUUUUCUAAAUGUCAAAAUAUAUUAGUAAAAUUAUGUAAA